AUGAAUACAAUUGAAGAACUAAGUGAUUGGGACAUUGAUGAAAUGAAGCGACAUGAUAAUGCAAAUGAUGUGUAUUCAUCUGAUGCUGAAUUACGGAAACGAGCUGUGAAAAUAAAACGUGAACCCGGCCAUCGUAUAUUUGUGAAUCGAAGUUUACAAUUAGAUCGAAUAAAAUUCUAUGGCUUUGAUAUGGAUUAUACAUUAGCCUUAUAUAAAUCACCUGCAUUUGAAGAAUUAACAUUUCAAGAAGUAGUUGACUCACUAAUUGAACUUGGUUAUCCUGAGCAAAUUCAAGAUUUUGUUUAUGAUCGAACAUUUCCUUUACGUGGUCUGUGGUAUGAUAAAUUAUAUGGAAAUUUACUUAAAGUAGAUACACAUGGAAAUAUUCUAACUGCUGUUCAUGGUUUCAAAUUUCUUUCUGGACAUGAAGUUCGAGAGUUUUAUCCGAAUAAAUAUAUACAAGUUGAUGAUCGUAUCUAUGUUUAUUAUACACUUUUUAAUCUUCCAGAAAUCUAUCUUAUGGCUUGUUUAAUUGAUUAUUUCUCUAAGGUGGCCACUUAUGCUGAAGAUCGAACAAGUGUUGAAUUUGGAGAAAAUGUUCUUUCAUUUCGUGCAAUUUUUAACGAUGUUCGCAAUUCAGUUGAACGUGUUCAUUAUAAAGGUAAACUCAAAGAAAUGGUUUGUGCAAAUAUUGAAAAUUAUUUUCACAAGGAUGAACAGUUGCCAAUAUUAUUAGAUCGUAUUCGUUCGCAUGGUGCAAAAACAUUUUUAUUAACAAAUAGCGAAUAUUGGUAUACUGAUAAAUUAAUGACUUAUUUAUUAACAUCUGAUAAUAAUGGUCAAAAACGUGAUUGGAAAUCAUAUUUUAGUUAUAUUGUUGUUGAUGCUCAAAAACCAUUGUUUUUUGCCGAAGGGACAACUUUGAGAAUAAUUGAUCCGAAUACUGGUAGUAUGAAAUUAGGUUCCUAUUCUGGGCAAUUACAACAGAAUGAAGUUUAUAGUGGAGGUUCGUGUGAAGUAUUUUCGAAAUUAAUUGGUUCGAUGGGUAAAGAUGUUUUAUAUGUUGGUGAUCAUAUAUUUGGUGAUAUAAUUAAAUCAAAAAAACAAAAAGCAUGGAGAACUAUGCUUGUUAUACCUGAGUUGAAUCAUGAAUUGAAAGUUUUUCACGAGAAACGAGACUUGUUUAAUACGCUAGAAGAAUUAGAUACAUCCAUUAGUGAAUUACUUCGAUCGUUUGAUAUGGCUUCAAAUCAAGGGCCGGAUGCUGUUUCAAAAAUCAAACAUAAAAUACAGCAAUGUACUCAUGAACUUGAUAUGAAUUUUGGUCUUUUGGGUUCUCUAUUUCGAACAGGCUCUCGUCAAACUCAUUUUGCUUCUCAAAUAACAAGAUUCGCAGAUAUAUAUGCUUCUACAGUUGUAAAUCUUGUUUAUUAUCCAUUUUUUUAUUUUUUUCGUGCUGUUCCACAAUUAAUGCCACAUGAAUCAACUGUGGAUCCUGAAGAACCAAUGCACUUUAAAUCAUGGGGCGAUGAAAAAUCUCACCCAGUUUCUUCUGGUCAUCAUCAUUCAACAAUUGAUCAAGUAGUUACAACUGUACCUCGUUUUAAUCAUUCAAUAUCUGCAUCUGCAUCGAUUCAAACUCAUCCUGAUUUACCACUCCAUGUAACGCAUGAUCAUGAUGAUGAUGGUGAUCCAGAUGAUGAAAAUCCAGAUAAAGAUGGUCAAGAUUUAGAAUUCGACCUUCGAUCACGCAUAACAUAUACACCACCCAAACGAAAUACUGAACCAACACAUAAAUAA